UCCUGCCCUGAGAAUUUCAAUUUCUGUCGGCAAGAAGGAUCGAAUCAGACGAAGCAAAUUGAUUGGGCGCCCAAGGCUUUUUGCCGUACUUAGGACUAGUGCCGUGAUAUGACUGAUCAUAUCUAAUCUAGGCCAAGUUUGUUAGGAACAUACUCGUUCAUUUGGUUUGACCAACCGAUCGGUAGCCACAGAGUGGAUUGCUCGAAAUCAAUCAACGGCUCAAUCCAUCGUUCCUCGUGGCCUUGGAAUGGCCCAAGCAUUCGUGGACAAGCAUCAAGCCCAGAUCGGUUUGGAACGAUCCCUCAUUAAAUCCACCAUCACCGAGAUUUUAGAGUCCUCUAUCCAGGAGCAUCGCUUGCGAUCCAAGACCGUGGACGAGUUGGACCAACUCUUUGAGAUCUACGCCAACGAGCUGUGCUCGGUCCUGGGACAAACCAUCCGAUCCCAAUGCUUGGCCAUCGGAUACCGCGUGGUGGUGCAAGUGGUUCUCACGGCCUUUAAAGAUCAGGGGAUUGAUGUGUCUCAGAAAUGUGCUUGGCAUUCAGCGCUUGAUAACUAUAUUCAGGUGUCGGCGGGCGGGAAGAACGCUCUCAUUCUCGUUCAAACCUAUUUCGUAAAGGAAAGCCAAACCGGAGGAAAACUGUCCAACCCAGCCGAGACCCACUUGAACUCUUCUGAAGAAUCGAGUGAUUCUAGUUCCAGUGAUAAUUCGAGUUCCAGUAGUAGUAGUACUAGUAGUAGUGGUAGCGACAGUAAUACGAGUUCGAGUGAUAAUAGUAGCAGUGAGAGCUCUGAUAGUUCAUCUGAGAGUGAUUCUAGUUCAGACGAAGAAGAGUAA